CUGUUGGUUUGGCAUUGGCGGCCAUAUGACUCAUCACUCACUCCCAUUCAUUUUUCAUUUUCACAAUAAAAUCAAAAUAACACAUGUUUGAUUUUCUUAUUUCUAUCGCUAUUACCUCGUUCAUUCAUUCACUCCCCCUCAAUACUCAAAUUGAAUCAAACACUAUAUAGCUGGCGCUAAACCCUCCCUCACUCUUUAAUUAAUUAAUUAAAUAAUUAAUUAACUCCUACCACUUAGAUAGUAUUGUAUUGUGUUUGGGUUCAUCAUUCAUUAUUCAUUCAUGUCGACUACUACUCCCAGCGGCGAGGAUCGAAUUGAACCACCCCUUAUUCCCCACCAUUUUUCUCAAUUCAAAUUCGACCUAUGUCAUUCUCCUUCUCCCCAUUUUACUAUUCUUCCGUUGAGUCAAAGAAAUGAAAUUAAUAAUGUCAAGUUGCACGCAUGUAAUGUUGAAGCAUUUCCUACUCAUCAGAGCAACACUGUUAAUCUUCCUCCUUCUAUUCAAACCGAGCCUAUCCAAAGAAGAAAGCUUAAUGGAAAAUCAAAAGUUUCAAGAAAUGCAAAAUCUGCAAGUAAGAGAUCAAAUACAGAAUCUCCGAAUUCGACUGCAGUUAACAAUUGUCGUUAUGACAGUUCCUUAGGAUUGUUAACCAAGAAAUUUGUCAGUUUGAUCCAAGAUGCUAAGGAUGGUACCCUUGAUCUAAAUCAAACUGCUGAGGUCUUAGAGGUUCAAAAAAGGAGAAUUUAUGACAUUACGAAUGUUCUUGAAGGAAUAGGAUUGAUAGAGAAAACUUCAAAGAACCAUAUACGGUGGAAGGGAUGUGAUGGACUUGGGCCACGAGAACUGGAGGAUCAAGUUAAUGCUCUAAAGGCUGAAGUUGAAAAUUUAUAUGAUGAGGAAUGCAAACUUGAGGAGUGUAUAAGCAAAAAGAAGGAGCUUAUACAGAACCUGGAGAAAGGUGAAAACUCCCAAAAGUACCUUUUUUUUACCAAGGAAGAUAUUCUUACCCUUCCAUGCUUCCAGAAUAAGCAACUUAUUGCAAUCAAGGCUCCAAAAGCUAGUUUCAUUGAGGUCCCUGAUCCUGAUGAGGAAUUAGGCUUCCACCAAAGACAGUACAGAAUGAUUGUUAGAAGUGCAACUGGACCGAUAACUCUGUACCUCUUGAACAAGCACGACCACAAGUUUGAGGGUGUGAGUGUCAAGCAGGCAAAGUUAAUGGAUCCAUCGUGGAGUAGCAACAACCUUAGAAUGGAGGAUAUGGAAAUAUUAGAAAGCCAAGGCUGUGAGAAAAACCCUUCUGGGAAUUUAGGUUCACUUGGCUCAGAGGCUUUUGGAAUUCAACAAAUUACUCCUACCGAUUUUGAUGUUGAUAAUGACUAUUGGUUUCAAUCAGAUCCCAAUGUUGGCCUAACACAAUUGUGGGGGUAGAAAUAUCUUCCAAGCAUUCUUGGAUUUUAUUGCUAAUGAGGAUAUGAAGUUACCAGUUUGAAGGCUCCUAAUUUAUUACGCUCUUUCUUCUUUGUUCAGCACAAGUGCAGUUGGCUCAUAUAGAUGAGUUUCUCGGUUCUCAACAAAUAGGGAUAUGGCAUUUGUUUAGAGUAGGUAUCGCUGACGCAUGUGGUCAUUAUGUAAAUGUUAGGAUGCUGAUUGUUGCAUACUUGCAUAUGACACAAAGGGUACAUUUCACACUGUAAAUGUUAGCUUUUUUUUUUUUUUUUUUUUGCUUCUAUGUGUUUUUUUAUGAGCAGUUGCUUAACUAGGACUGCCAAAUAAUAUUAGGGUGCCUUUGACGCACAACAAAAAAUAAACAAGUUACAAUAAUUGUAUUUUAUUUUAUUUAAUUUUGUA